UCGCGCGAGGGAUUUCGGCGGUGCGAGGGAAAGGGAGUCAGUCGGUGGCGCACGGUUCGAAGAGGACGCGGUUGGAAGAGAAAGGUGGAAAAGAGAGAGAAAGAGAGAGAAGAGAAGACGAGCUAGAAGAGAAGGAAAAAAUAUAUAUACACUUUCGUGUAUACCAGUAGAGAUACAUUAACGAAAAAAAAAGGGAGUGAUAGUUAGCAAUGCCGCGACGUGCGGCUGGUCUCCUCUCGCGGGCUCGUGCUUGCUCUCGGAAUUAGUGAGUAGACGGAAUUAUGUCUGUGAGCAGGCCGGCACCGCUCAGUUGAGACUUACUGCUCAGCCGGUGCACACGCGUGCCACGAAUCUCUUUCCUACUUGGCCGCGCGCGCCUUCCUGAUGCGAUUAGGCUAGGCCGACGACGGAUCGCCGGUCCAGUUUGUUCACACUUGUUCGCGCGUCGGGACGCGCCGGAACUUCUUCCGUCCGAGCGGUUCCGAUCGCUGGACGAGGAUACCACCGCGAUCGCGCGGAGCUUCGACGAUUUCCUCAGAUCGUAAUCCCUGUAAGAGGUUCGAGAGACAGUGACACCGGAUCGGGAAUAAUGGAGGUUCAUCGAUGACAGUGCCCAGCUUCCGACAGUCCGAGAGAGAAAGUGGUAGCUGUUGUUGUUGAAGAGAUCGAGAUCGUUCGAGUGCAGGUUUCAGAGACGAUACAGGACACUGUAAUUGGAAGAAUCCGUUUAGACAUGAUGGGGCUGGCUAGGUACUUGGUGCUGCUGUUGGCGGUAUCGGCUAUAAACAGUGUCUGGUGUCAUCAUCACCAUCACGGUGUCCACUCGGAGAACAAGAAGAGGAAGGACCAAGUGGAGCACGCGUGGAGGUACGGCUCCAGGGAGGAGAUGAACGCGAUUUCAUCAGCCGACGAGAAGAACAGGAGGAGCCUGAACAUCGAGGACGCCAAGGAGAAGCUUCCUUACAGCGACAGGAGGCUCGAGAAGAUGCUGGAGAAGGCGAUCUUGAAGAUAAUCACCGGUGACCUCAGCGCUGGUGACAUGCUGCUGCUGAAGAGCUUGAACUACAGUUUGGAGGAGGUCCUGGCGAUUCGCGAGAGGGAGUUGAAUAAAAAGAAAGAGGAGGAACUGAGGAGGAAGGAGAGCUUCAAAUCUUGGACCAAAGUCUUUCACGGUGAGAACGUUGAGAAGAAGAAUAGAUACCGGGAGAAGAAUUCCAUGGACCGUUCCACGAAGAGUCACGAUUACGAAGAGCCGUCGUACGAUAGUAAGAAGAACCGACACGCAGACAAGUCUUCUUACAAGGACUUCGAUUUCGAGGCAUACAAUCGGCAAGCUGUCCUCGAUUACGAGAACCUGCCGUCUAAUCUAGAGUUCCAGCAGUCUACACCUGAACAGGACUUGGAGGAGGCAGGGAAAGAGGAAGACGAGACAGUUCGUCGAGAUUUUGACAGAGUGAUGGCUCCGCACGUGGUCUUCAAGAUCCGAUACGACGAUUCCGAGUUCGACUCCAGUUCUGGGUCCGACGAAACCAAUAAAAGUCACUCGAAAUCACCGAGGUACCAUGUCACUUCGAAGCACACGACUCUGAAGACUGCUACCAGUCCCGGCAGCUCCUUUCACGUUUCACCACUGCCGUUGUCUUCUGUUCCUCCUGCUUCCUUGUCAGUUCCUGUGGUCCCUCAGCUAGGUAACAGUGUCCAGGACCGCUAUCAGAAGAAUUAUCCGACCACCGAGUCAGCUUCGGUCGCUGGUACCGGCACGACGAAGGAGAUGAACUACGAGAAUGCUUCGAGCCCUGCAGAGAGGGCCGAUGUUGUUGUCCACACUACCAGCGAGAACGACGCAGUAGUUGUGUCGAAGAUCGAAGAGGAGGCAGAUAGAAGUAAAAAGGUUAGUGAGUACGAGGGGCUCGAGUGGGUCGAGGACGACGUGUACAGGGUGCUGCCGGAGUUCGUGGACUCCCUCGGGAUCGAAAAUAGCGAGGACAACGAGACGUCCGACUACGAAGACAUCAGCCGCGACCCUCGACGCAAUUGGAACACCGACGAGAGCGAGAACGACACGUUGGAAUACCAGAACGACACGCCUGACUCUAUCAAGCUUUUCAUAGCCAACAACAACAUAUCCGCUGGCUACCUGCCCUUGGCCAAUUUGACGACAUAUCAGCAAGUGUUGCUCGAUCAGCGGCGGAAAGGAAAGCUAACCUCAAGCUUCGACAGCCAAAGCGAAAAGGCCAUACAGGAUAUUAAGUCGCGAGUCCUGGCUAUGACAGGACGCCUGAACAACAGCGGCAGCGCGAAUCAGGUGCAACGGCAGAGGCUGGUCAUGUUCCCGUCUAGCUGUCAAACACCGCGGAACACGGACCAAGAUGCCUGGACGGACCCGUUCUCCAUGAACAUGCACUUCCAGCUGAAUCUGACGUCCAGCGAUCACGUGGUGGCCGCGAGAUUGAGGAUCUUCAAACUACCGCAAGAGAACCUGACCUCCUCCACGGGAGAUACUUUCGAGGAGGACGAAGAGGACGAGAAAAAGAUCAGAAUAUCGGUCUACUAUUACACCAAGUCUUUGAAGAAGCAUCGAUCAAAAAAACGUUUAAUGGACUCGGUAGUGACGCCAUUGACGGCAGAAGGUACUCAUCUGGCCCUGGACGUUAGACAGAGUCUUCGAUUUUGGAGAUUGAACCCUCGAAAUCUUCACGGGAACGGAAGCAACCACGGGCUGGUGGUCCUGGUAGAGGACCAAGAUGGCCGACCGCUGAAACCGGCCCUUUAUAUUCAACAGCCGUCCUGCACGGACCAAGACACGGAUCAGAAGGCAUACCAACGAGUACCUGCACUUUUCCUCCGAGCCUGUACUCGUUAUGUCCGUGUCGUGAACGGCGAAAAAGUGACGUACGUGAAUUGUAGGCACUAAAACGUUCACGCACGGGUGAAAAGAGAGACGAUCGUUAACGACGUAAUUUAUUUCUAAACGUAAACGAGGAGCAAGACGAGAUGGAGGAGAAGAAAAGAAGAGGAUAUCAUUUUCGUUAAUAAUGCUUUUUUUAAAUGAGCGCAUUCGUUCCGUUAAAACGCGCGGAACAUCUCAACCAAUCAGGACCACGUGAUCGGUAUCUAGGCGUUAUCGACGCGCGCAGUUCGAUUACAGUGAUUUUUUUUCUAAAUAAACAUCCAGGAAGCGAUUUAUUAAUUUUCUAUCACUGUUCUAGUAUAACUAAGUUUAUCGGUGGCAUUGUAACGGCCAGGAUAAUUUCCUUUUCGUUUUUUUAUGCGCGAGAAGUCGCUCGUCCUAGUGACAUUUUUUGUUGCUUUCGUAACAGUUGACCGUUACGCCCCCACCCUGUUUCAAACCGUUUCGAAUUGUUUGAGAAGCGCGGGACCGAUCAGUGGUGCGUAGUGGUGAACAGUGGUUGCUGAUUGUUGCUGAUUAAGAAGUCCUUCCCAGGAUGCAUCCUUCGCAGAAUAGACUGUCUUUCUAAUUGUUGUAACUUAAAGGAAGAAAUCGGGUUAUUUAAGUAGCAGUAGCGGGUAAGUCGUGUCUUGUUUCAUCUCUCACAAUGUACGCGCCGGACGGCGCCGGUACCAAACCGGUUCGCGUCGCUUUCCGGCUAACAUUUAACUCGUUAAAUGUUAAAACGAUUUAACAAUGUAAAUAUCAGCGAUGCUGUAUCGUUAGGUGGAUUAAGUUGAUUAGAUUAUGUUCGUUGACCUCUAUACACAUGUGUGAGUGUGUACACUGGUCAUGCCCAUGACUGAUGUAACCAAAUGUCAAUCGUUAGCGGUAUAGAUAUUUAUGUCAUAUGUUAAUUAAGGAACAGGCUGCCCAAAGGGCCCUUUAUCAUUAUAUUCUGGGUGAAACCAAACGACAGGACACUGUCCCCAUAAAUAGACUACGGACAAUCAUGCACACUUACAGUUUUGUACAUUAACUCAUGGACACUGAAGUUAAACGAAAUGUUGCUUCCUGCGUUAAUCGUUUCAAUUGAUUAAAUCAAUUGAGAUUUAUGGUAAAUCGUACCGAGUGUUAAGCUUUGUUGGUCCUUUAAGGUUCUUAGAAACUAUAAGUGCAGAACGAUCUGCAGUCUAGCUAGAGGCUAACACAGCGCAGAUGCAGUGCUGUCUCAAGAGCUUCUCUUUGUGCUUACUUUACAUAUAGUUCAUUGGUUCACCCAAAAAAAACUUAUGCUACUUAUUAUUAAUACAGUCACCCUACGAAAAUGGGAAACCAGUUGAUGCAUCUUUUACAUGAUCAUUGUAUAUAAUGUAUAUUUAAUUAUCUGGUUGCGCUGAAAUAAAUGCAUUGACUUUGAAACUUAACUACGUUUCUUUGCCAGAAAUGUUUCGAAUUGGACCUUUUGUUUCCACUGUAUAUAUGCAUAUAGUAAAUGCAUUGUCUUCUGAUCGAUGAGUCUUAUAGAUAUACUGCUGCAAAUUUAUGCCUCACACAUCUAAUUCCAUGCAUUAUGUCCUUUACAAUGUAAAUCAGUAGUAUUUACAUGUUGUAAAACACGCAUUUAAGAAUUAGCAUGAUUUAUUGGCAGCUGAUACGCUUUUUAUCGUUCUCCAAUUCUUUUUGCAUUACACAUGUGCAGUUGACGCUGCUUUCUUUGAGGAAACUUACAAUCCUUCUUACAGUCCUUUUUUCUGGCAAUUGUGCAAUACUAUAAUUAACCACAAAAUCCACGUCUUAAAAUAAUUGAUCAAUAAUGCAUUUUUUGUUCCCCUUUUAUCACGCGUCACCAGGUUUGUCACAUUUAACAGAAUACCAUGUUGAAAACGCUUCUUCCGUUCGAUCACAUCUGGCUAAUUGUCUUUAUAAUCAUACUUCAUUACGAGUACACUAAUUGCAUUGACAAAUGGUAUCUGUAUAAAAAUGAUUUUAUUAAAAAUUCUCAUUUAUAGGACAGUACAUUUAACAUUUACAACAGAAUGAUCCUCAGAUAGACCACGUUCGUUGUCGAAAAACGUAAACAUUACCCAGGCAACGACGCCCACUCGUUUUCUUUUGUCCGCGGUAGUUCGAUUCGAGCCUGCCUGUGUCUGUUGUGUGUACGUGUGCGCUUCCCGCACAUUUCCACACGCUCGGCGUUAAAUCUAUUUCGCUCCUAGAAACUGAACGGAACUUGUACUCCCGUGCAAAGUACAAAUUCAUUUGAAUCGGUGGCAUAAAAUGCAUCAAGAAACCGUGUAUGUGUAAUAAAUAAAUAUGACCGUGCGACUUGG